GUCGUUCGCGUGUAAACGUAUGGCGUAUCUAACUUCCUUUCCCAUUGAGGUCUCCUAGUGGCAUCGUAUAACGUUGACUCGUAAUUCAACCAAAACGUUAAAAUGUCAGGAGGUUUAGAUGUAUUAGCUCUUAAAGAGGACGAUGUUACCAAGAUGUUGGCUGCUGGUACUCAUCUGGGUGCUGAGAACGUCAACUUCCAGAUGGAACAGUACGUCUAUAAGAAGAGAGUUGAUGGUGCUGGUGUAAAUGUCAUCAAUCUACGUCACACCUGGGAGAAGUUACUGCUCGCGGCUCGUGCCAUCGUCGCCAUCGAGCAUCCUAGCGAGGUUUUCGUCAUCAGUUGCCGUCAUUCGGGUCAAAGAGCUGUGCUGAAAUUUGCAGCUCAUACUGGCGCCACCCCCAUCGCUGGACGGUUCACUCCUGGCGCAUUUACUAAUCAGAUCCAGGCUGCUUUCCGUGAACCACGUCUGCUGAUCGUCACAGAUCCAUCGACCGAUCAUCAACCCAUCACUGAAGCCAGUUAUGUGAAUAUCCCGGUCAUCGCUUUCUGCAACACUGAUUCGCCGCUGCGCUUCGUGGACAUUGCGAUUCCGUGCAAUACUAAAAGUCUGCAUACUGUUGGUUUGAUGUGGUGGCUGCUCGCAAGGGAGGUACUUCGGUUGAGAGGAUCUAUCCCGCGCGAAACCAAAUGGGAUGUGGUAGUCGAUCUCUUCUUUUACAGAGAUCCUGAAGAGGCGGAGAAGGAGGAACAAGCCGCAAAGGAGAUCGCGCCGGCGAAGGAAUUCACGGGUCCGGUAGAGACGGCCCCUGCUGCGGAACCCGGCUGGGUGAACGAAGUAGAAUCGACCACCGUGGCUACCGAGAAUUGGGCCGACGACGUAGCACCUCCGGCAGCCGCUGCUAUUCCCCCUGCAGCUGGCACCGCACAGCCAUUCCAACCAAGCGGUGACUGGGCCGCGCAGCCUCCAGAGGAAUGGUCGACACCUGUGGCAACCGCCGCUACUCAAAGCUGGGGAGGUGCAAGCAGCGAAAAAUGGUAAUCUCGCACAUGCCGACAUCUUGAGAACAAUGCAUACUUUGUACAAUGUCUGUAACAAGACCCAUUGAAACGAA